UAUCCCUUAAUUAAAAAAUAUGAUUUUUUAUUUUUACCCAAACACCUCUGCAAUGACUUUUUUAAAUCAUAGAAUAUGAUGCAGAAACAAAUGACAAAUCCCUUGAAACAAAAAUAAAAAGAAAAAAAAUUAUUAACAAUUUAAAAAUUCACAAAUAUAUAUAAAAAAAUACAAAACAUAAACCCCCAUUUAAGAGUAACUUGAUAUGUUUACUUGUCUAGGGUUUAAGUAGAAGAAGGGAAAACCCAAACUCCAAUCCCAAUCCCACCAUGAAACCAAAACCAAAACCCAAAUCCAAACCCUCAAAAGAAUCUCAAACACCAGCGAUUGAAUCAGAAUCAACACCACCUGACUUCUCAUUCGCCAUCGCCAAAAUUGCAGUGGCGCAGAUAUGCAACGCAGCGGGCUUCAAAUCCACUCGGCUCUCCGCCCUUGAUACCCUAACUCACGUCGCCACCAAGUACAUCGAAGCCAUAGCCAAGUCCUCCGCCUCCUUCGCCGCCGCCUCAAACCGCUCCCAAUCCAACAUUUUCGACAUCACCAACGCCCUCCAUGACCUGGAAUCCCUCCGUGGCUUCUCAGGCGCCUCCAAUGUCUACCGAACCGAUUGCUGCCUCUUGAUCUCGGCCCUUCUUGCCGAGCUUUCACACUUCGUCGAUUCCAACGUUGAAACCCCGUUCGCAAAGCCCAUACCGCGUCUGCGAUUCUUCGAUACCAAUAGGAAAGAGAACCCGAAUACUAAUCCGAAUCAGUCUCCGAAUCCACUCCGAGCUCCGCAUGUUCCGAAUUGGCUGCCGCAGCUUCCCGAUUUGGCCAAAUGCGACGCCGUUUCGAGCAGUCAUCAGAGGAAUGGGGAGGAACUGUGGGAGAAUUGUACGGAUGGGAGCGGAAUGGAUGGGGUUUUGAUCGAAAAUGGGGAUUUGGGAGUGACGAAAUCGGAGUUGAAAUUGGGAAUGAAAAGAGAAAGAGUGAGGUUUAAGAUUGAAGACAACAGGAAGAAACAUGAGGUUUUGAAAGGAGGGAAAAGGGUGUGUUGGGAUACUAAUACAAAUACAAGUAGUUUCAAUAAAGAUUAUACUAGUAUUGUAGGAAAUCAACUCAAUGAUGAUGAUAUUAGAUAGUCUUCGAAAUUCGGUCUAAAGAAAAAAAACAACAAUAUGAAUAUAUGCAUAUAAUGGUAAUGAGUUUCUGGGCUUUGUGACCGCUCUUUUUUCUUCUUCAUAAUUUUGACCAAUCUUAGUUGUUACAUUCUAUAAUUAUUGUCAUCUAAACUGAUAGAAUAUUAUUUGGGUGGGAGUCUUACUUAAAAGACUGGACUAGUCCAAAAAUUGGUGAGGAGGAAUACAAUAGCUGAUUCUGCCGCGGCUAGAACCAGGGACGGCAUAGGGAGAAAGAAUCGUGUGCGAGGCUACCGUUUUGAAGCAUGAUUGUCGAUGUUUGAAAUAUACCAUAAAUGUUUUAUUUAGUUUAAGUAACUGUAUGGUGUUUUUAAUAGUAAACAAGUGGCGCUGUGAAUUGGUCCCUACCAUUAUAGCUGCUCAUAACAAUAUAUUGUGAAAGCUAUAUGAAGCUCCUCCUCGUAAUAGUGGAGAUAGGUGUAAAUUGUUUCAAAUCUGAAAAUUAACUCGUACUCCGGUUUGUUUGGUAAACUUUAAUUUCAAAAAAUUUAUGACACUGUAUAUGAUAAUUCAAAUGUAUAAAAACUAUGUUACAGCUUAA